UACACAACUCAACAACACUGGCGUAGAUUUCGACUGAAAACAAUUUUAUUUUUUUUGUUUAUUUUAUAAUUUACUUUAGGCUAUUUGUAUCGUGGUGUGUUCAUAGGUCAACUCUGUUUUACACCUUGUCGCCCCAAACUCAACAGGAUGGAACUUAAUUCCCUUUUAGUUCUUCUGGAGGCUGCAGAAUACUUGGAAAGAAGAGACAGAGAGGCAGAACAUGGUUACGCGUCUGUUUUACCGUACGAUAGCGACUUUUCCAGAAAGAAAACGAAAGCAUCACCAAUUUCAAGAAAAACUCAGAACAAUAGAAGCAAGGCUGUAGACAGGCCCCGCAGUGUGCAGGGAGGGACUGUAGUCUGGGGACCGCACCAUGAAUGUGCUGCUCCACAGGGGUCGUCACACAAUGAACUGGAGAAACAUAGACGUGCCAAACUACGGCUGUACCUCGAGCAGCUGAAGCAGCUUGUGCCUUUGGGUCCAGACAGCUCCAGACACACCACACUGAGCCUGCUCAAGCGGGCCAAGAUGCACAUCAAGAAGCUGGAGGAGCAGGACAAGAAGGCCUUGAAUGUGAAGGAGCAGCUGCAGAGAGAGCAUCGCUACCUCAAGAGGCGUCUGGAGCAGCUAUCUGUGCAGGGCGUAGAGCGCACCCGGACCGACAGCAUGGGCUCCACCAUCUCUACUGACUCAGAGCAAGACGUGGACAUCGAGGGGAUGGAGUUCACCCCUGGUGAGGGUGACAGUGUGGACAGUGUGAGUGACGUGGAGGACCACUACAGCCUGCAGAGCAGCUCCAGUGAUGGCAGCUAUGUACAUUCCCACAGACUCCAGCCUCACCUCUGCUAGGCUUCCUCCCUGCCCUGUGCAGCCGCAGCCACCAGCCAUCACCAACUCCAUCCACACAGCCACCAGCGACUGGGCCCUGGCCCUGGCUCCAAGAAAGAGGCCUUUCUGCCUGCUCCUCCCCCUCCGCUCCGCUCCCCUCUACCCUCCUGAUGACUUCCUGUCCCCAACCGCAACCCCAGUCCUUCCCUCAGACCUCCUAGCGAACCCACCCCCCUCCUUCCAUCUACCCUCAUCCUCUCUCUGCCAAGCCAACUACCUGUUGUUACCACAGGAAAGAUAGAGAGCAGUUUGCGGUUUUUGGUGGGGAUCUCGGUGGCAUUCAUAGAUUUAUGCAGCUUUGACUUGUCAACCUGUGUGUGUGUGUGUGUGUGUGUGUGUGUGUGUGUGUGUGUGUGUGUGUGUGUGUGUGUGUGUGUGUGUGUGUAAUUUCUCCAUGCAGCUGAGUAGAUGCAUGCUUGUGCUCACAGCCUGAGUGUUCAGGAGCAUACAUGGGUUUUGAGAAAUGACUGAGAGACUGAGCGAGAAAACGCUUUCCUUAUUUCCUAUAUGGUUGAACCCAAGUGGUCAUCAGUUAAAUAGGAAAGGUCUAAAACUUGAUCUUAGCAAGAGGUACACUGUCAUACCAUUCAGUCAGGUGUGGGCAAAAAGAGAUGUGACAGAAAAGACAUAAUACGAACCGUCUCUUAUCAAUUUGUGUAAUAAUACUGUUACACUUGUUCACUUUUUGUAGUGCACAUACUAUUUAAUAUCUCUUUUUACCUGGAUUCGCCCAGAUUAACAGUGCACCCCUGUUCACAUUGUAGUGCACUAUGGUUGCAGGGAUGUAGCAUGUUACACAUGCUCGGCCUUUAGCUUCACAGAUGCCUCAAGUUUCCAAUGACUGAAGUGGGUGCAUGCCCAGAAAUGUACAUCUCUAGAAAUCUUCCACGAGUUGUUUUAUUAUAACUAUUUGCUCAGUAGCACAGUGAUGUAGCAAUAAAACAGAAAGCUCUGUGCUUUCUCAAAACGUAGAGUUGGCUCUGGGGGUGAGGCUAGACACUAACAGAAGAGGCACACUCACUACGUUAUCCUCUUUUCUUCUCCUUCUCCUCCUCCGCCUACUAUCCUACUGCUGCCCACGCUCAAACCACAGAGCUCAGAGGUAGAAAGCACUGCACUCCCUCUUAGGUCUCUCACCUGUGUGUGUGUGUGUGUGUGUGUGUGUGUGUGUGUGUAUGUGUGUGUUUGUUCGAAUGAAAGACAGAGUCUGUAUCAAGUGUGUAAGUGCUUGUGGUUGUGCAUGUAUGUUGCUAUUUACCGUCAAGAGUUGACACGUCAAAGCUGUAGUUUAAAAAAAAAACGAACCAAACAAAACCAGAAAAAAAAACAGGAGCAAAAACCAGCUCUUACGACGACCGCUCUCUGUGGAGGAGUGAAUACUAUUCAUGAAAAUGACACUGUUUUUAUUUCCUUGACUCUAAAGCUUUUCAUCCCUUCUCUGUCAAAUGAUGACUUUUAAAGAGCUUUUUGGGCAUUGCAGAGUAGAUGAAUGCAAUGGAGUGUAUAUGAGAAACCUGUAGGAGUGAGUGACGAUGAGCCUGUGGUGCUGUGCACUGUGCACUCACUCUGCUGAUGACACGACAGGCACUUACAGCACUGCAUCUGUCCCUCUCCAUUAGCUGACAGUCCUACAGCUUGGAGGCCAAUACUUCAAAACAUGACCAGUCUGUAAGGGCAGGUCUGACCAAAAAAAAAGACUAAAAGAAAAAAAACUGCAUUAAAAAGUAAGCAAAGUAGCUAUUGAUCACUAAAAGUGAUUUAGCGUGUGUAGUCUAUAUUUUCUGUUUUAAAUUUUGUAUUAUAUUUUCCUAAAUGUUCCUAAAGAAAAGACAAAAAAGAAGAUUAUAUAUCUAUAUAUAGUAUAUAUAUAUGAGAGAGAAAGAUGAGAGACAGGAGGUCAGGCUUGUCCAGGGGAGAGCUGGGGACUGGUGGUCUCCCCCCGGCUCUCCCACUGUCAUGCUGUGCCUUUGGUGAGCCUUGGUGACUUUUGUCAUUUUACCCCGUCCCUUCAUAUACCCACAUUCCCCUCGACCCACCUCCCACCUCCCAACCCCCUUUGUCCCUACUCAGGUCUUCACCUUGUCAGGCUCUCCCGCUGUCCCCUCCCCCCCGAAACUAGUCCAUCCCCAGGCCUCUAUGAACAAGGUGCAAAGGAAACGGCCUUGCCAAACAUUGCGAAGUGAUGGCUACAUGGGUGAAAGGGUACAUAAAGAACCAAUGAAGAUCACCCCCAUCAUUCUGGUGCCUGUCUGCAGCUGUCCCCAUGUCCCUUCUGCCUAUCAUGAACCCUCCCCGCCACAUUGAGCACACGGUUGGCAGCUCUCAGUCCCUGUCCUCCAUUUGGGAUGACAUCCCCACUCCCGCACUCUUCCCCUGCAUAAUGGUGCAGGCUCCAAACCUCUUUAUCUCCCACCUCACAUUUAGUGAUUUUUGUUAUUGCAACAUUGCUUUGUGUUUGUUCCUUUCUUCUUUUAUUGUUUUUGAGAAAAGAGAGGUGGACACUGGGAGAAGAGCAUCAAAAUCUAAUCAAUAAUGGCAGCUUGAGGUGUUCCCUGCUUUCUCCUGGUGGCCGCCUGGCCAUAGUGUUAACGUGUGCUCCAUGGGGUCAUGGGUAAUGAUCUCUCUCAGUCGUGAGGCACAAUACAGCAAUAUGACCAUCUUGUGCAUUCUGUUAGAGGUAAGGGUAGGUGUGGGGAUUCAAAAAAAACAUCUCUGUGGUGCAUUUUAUGACCAACUCGUUUGACAUUUCUUUCCACAUUGAUUUUUAAACCUCUCCACUCUCUGAUACACUGAGGUAGAGAGCAAAGAGUGUUCUGUUCUUUUAGAAAAAAAAGCUAAAUUGUUUUUGUUGUUCUAUGAAGAGUUUACAUUCAUGUUGAAGAAAUACAUGACUGUUAGUAGCAAAAAUGUUGUUUUCUUUUUUUGUUUUAGCUUGUUCAACGAACAACUGAGUGAAAUGUUGAAUGCGGUCUGAAAAAAAAGAAACAAUUACUCUUGCACAGAACCUCCCAUUUGCUAUGUUAAAUUGGGACUGAAUGGUAUUUGUAGGCCAGAUAUGAGAUUCUGUUUUUCAGCAGGCGCCAUUCUUAAAGAUCACGUGUGUCACUUUCAGUAUUCAAAUGUGUUCAGAGUUCAAAGGUGAUACUGCACAGAUCUAGAAGACCAAUGAAAUCUAGAGUGGCCAUGAAAGUCCUUUUGGUGAUGUGCCUUUGAAAAACUACAUGUACUGAGAUUGUAGAUUUUGAGUAGACAGUCACUGCUUGUGUUGUCUUGGAUUUGGGGAGCUUUGGAACACUAAGCUAGUGGGCAUCCUCAUAUCACAGGUUGAUCACAACUGGAAUCACCCAUAUUGGUCUGGUCCGACACAUCAACAAUCCAGUCAUAUUGAAAGGAUGGACAGGAAAAAAAAUCAUAAUCAACAAAAGAUUGAUUCCUGUGGUGCUGUGUGAUCAUCAAACUCCCUUCCUCCAACCAAAUGUUACCAACUGAGCCAGCGGAGGGGCUACCAAUCAAAACGUGUCAGCUCAGGCAAGCACUGAGGGAGGGCUACACAAAAGCCCUCAGCACUGUAGUUUUUUUCAGUGUAUUACUUACAUGUGUGUUUGCCUGGUUGGAAAGGCAUUAAAAAAGAGUAAUGUAACCAUAAUUGAGCUUGGUGUCAUGAGCGGUCAUGAGACACAGCUGGAAGAGCACCAAGAGGGUGGGAGAGUGGUAGGGGAAAUGGCACUCCAGACGUAGAGCUGAAGGAGGGCGCAUACAGGGACACACUGGGACAUUCCUGCUGCAAGUACUCUGUAGAUACUAGAAGAAAAAAAUGCCCUUAAUAAUUUUAAGAAAUAUUCCUGCCAAAUGAUUUGUCACUUUUGAGUCAUUGGUACCCACUUUAAGAGUUGCUGAAGAGGGUGUCUUUUAAUUCUGCAUUAGCUUUACAAACGUAUACAGGUAGAUAUCUAUUUUUAGUGGAUGUACUCACCCCCACCCCUCAGUCACCCCUGCCAUUCUGACAGUUUAAGGAUAGAUUGGUUUCUCCCAUGAGGGAGUCUGGAGUGUCUUUCCUAAACUCGUGUUGUCCUGUGUCAAGAAAGUGAGCAGACGGCCGUUUCAAGUGGUCUGUUGCAGCCCUUGGGACUGCUAUAUGUUAGUCAGGGCAGGACGAGGCUGCCGGAGAUCGAAGGGGCGAGAGAGACCGGCUAGAAAGGGUGCUUGCAGGGGGACUCUGCAUUGUGGUCAGGCAAACACUGAGCAGGGAGUGUUCUGUGCCCGAGACCUGUGAAUAUGUUUCCUUUAGAAGAUGUGUAAUAUGCAUACAGAAGAUGUGUUAUAUUGUAUAAGUUCUUUUGUGUACACAUUCAAGUACCUGGUGCUGGCUACAUUUUCUAGCACACACUUGAAGGUAUUGUGUAUUCUUUCAUUGUAAUAUAAGUAAUUAAAAUGUUUUAUACAUAA